UUUAGGUAAAUCAUGUUUUUUGGACGUUUGUAACGCAGAGUGGAUUUCUUUUCCAUUUCAGCUCGACCCGUCACUCUCCUUCUCUCGCAAGGGAAUACGAUCUCAGUCAAUGGACAUAGAAAACUUUGAAUCUGGGAGGUACAGGCUGCCCUCCAUUGAAUCCCUGGACAUUCCGGAAUGCAUACCGGUUGCCAAGGAUACCAGGCACGGCCAAUGGCUGCGCAGGAGGCGUCUGGACGGAGCGCUGAACCGAGUGCCCGUCGGAUUCUACCAGAAAGUCUGGAGGAUCCUGCAGAAAUGCCACGGUUUGUCCAUAGAGGGCUUUGUCCUUCCUUCUUCAACCACCAGAGAGAUGACACCAGGAGAGAUCAAGUUCUCGGUGCACGUGGAGACGGUGUUGAACCGCGUCCCUCAGCCCGAGUACCGGCAGCUGCUGGUGGAAGCCAUCUUGGUUCUCACCAUGCUGGCCGACGUGGACAUCCCCAGCAUCGGAUCCAUCAUCCACGUGGAGAAGAUCGUGCACCUGGCCAACGACAUGUUCUACAAGGAUCAGAAGGACCUGGGAGCAGAGGAGCACAUCCUGGAGCGAGACCCGUCCACAGGAGUGUGCCGGCUGCUGUACGACAGCGCCCCCAGUGGUCGUUUCGGCAGCAUGACCUACCUCACCAAGGCCGUGGCGGUGUACGUUCAGGACUUCCUGCCCAGCGGAUCCUGUGCAGUGCAGUGAGAGAGCACGUGAAACCUGAAACCUGAAAAAGAAACCACUCAGUAGAAAACGCUGCUAAAGCUACUAUUUGCAGCAUUUUUUUACAUUCAAGGAAAUAACAGGACAUCUGCUGUAUAUUGUCAUUAUGUGUGUUAAUGCAGAGUGUAAGCAAAUCAUAUCGAACUUUAACAACACAUGAAUUGUGAUGUAUGCUUUUAGAUAAAACAUGUAUUUGUUGAAGGGGCAUUGACACAGAGUCAUCAUGCAAAGAGUGUUUCCUUAUCCUCUGAGCACAGGUCAUUACAAAAAAAGUCAAAGGACCUGAAACACUGCAGGCACUGGAGCAAUAAUACACAUUUGGUGCUUACGUGAAGAGUUACUGCAGCAGGACAGUAAUAAAGAAUAAAAUAUAUAUUCAACAUAUCUUUUGUUGACAAUCAGAAAAAUAUAUUUUACCGCCAAACUGAAAAACGAAUAAUUUCCGUCCAUUUCUAAUGUCGUGAUGACUGAUGUAAGAACUUGUUUACGGGAAAAUAGUUAAUUAUAUUUGUUUGAUCUUGUGAUUUGAAAGUGACAAUCACAUUUAAUCUUCUGUACAGCUAUUUAACCACGACUACCUUCAAAUAACUUCAGAGACUCAGAAACAAACGUGUGUUCUCAUAUAUGUUGACUUUGAAACUUAAAAAUGUUUCACAAAGUGAAAAUAAUUAUUCUAGUUGAUCCUAAUUUAUUACCACAUGUAUGUUACUUUACCUCUAAUCCUACAUGCUGAGUAAAAGAAUGACAAAUAUUACGAUGUGUCUUAAAGAGUUUGUUUGGGAGACUUAUUAAAUGCCUUAAGAUUUGUGUGUGUGUGUGUGUGUGUGUGUGUGUGUGU